GCCUGUCUCGCGGAGGCACAGGCUGGAGUGGAGCAGCCGCAGCACCCGGGGGAGGCUGCGCAGUUGGGCAUAAGGAAUGGGCUCACUGACUUCUCUUGUUGUCGUGGUUAUCUGGAUGUAUUAAUUCAUGGAUGUUGCAAGUGCAUAUGUGGUUAUAAAUUGAAAUGUGCGACGAUAUCAGAGGCACGGAGCCCCUCAGCUCCCUGUGGCCACGGUUCGCCGUUCCCAGCCAACGAGAGCUGACAGACUUCGUCCCUGUGAAUGCUCCAGACAGGUGGCAUGCUGGAGAGAAGUGUUUUGCCCCAUCUCCUGAAAAUGGGAAACUUUGUGAAGCCACAAUAAAGUCAGUUGAAACAGACAAGAAUGGGAAAUCAUUUGCAAUUGUAUCAUUUUGGGGAUCUGAAGAAAAGAACAUAUUAAUAACAAAACUCUGUAAAGCCAGAGCUGGUAAAGAUCCCCGGAAUAGCUUAAUAUUUGAUGAUGAAGAUUUGGAAAAGCCUUAUUUCCCUGACCGAAGGCUUCCGUCUCCUGCAGUUGCUUUUGAGUUAUCUGUAAAUGGGGAUUGUAUCCCUUAUACAAUUAAUAGGUAUUUGCGUGAUUAUCAAAGGGAUGGGGUUCAGUUUCUCUAUGGACACUAUGCUCGUAAAAGAGGAUGUAUUCUUGGAGAUGACAUGGGACUUGGAAAAACAAUACAGGUCAUUUCAUUUCUGGCUGCAGUACUAUGCAAAAAGGGAACACGUGAAGAUAUUGAAAACAAUAUGCCAGAGUUUUUAUUGAGGACUGUGAAAAAAGAACCACCAUGUAUCCCCAAAAAGACUUUCCUAAUAGUGGCCCCUCUUUCUGUGCUUUAUAACUGGAAGGAUGAGUUGGACACUUGGGGCUAUUUCAGGGUUGCUAUUUUACAUGGCAGUAGAAAGGACAAUGAACUGAUUCGCAUCAAGCAGGGAAAGUGUGAGGUUGCUCUAACAACAUAUGAGACGCUUCGCCUAUGUUUGGAUGAACUUAACAGCCUAGAAUGGUCAGCUGUCAUUGUAGAUGAAGCACACAGAAUCAAGAAUCCAAAGGCUCAAAUAACCCAAACUAUGAAGGCUUUAAAAUGCAGUGUUCGUAUAGGUCUUACUGGAACCAUUCUUCAGAACAACAUGAAAGAACUAUGGUGUGUCAUGGACUGGGCUAUACCUGGACUUUUGGGUAGCAGAACACAUUUCAAGAAGGAAUUUUCUGAUCCAGUGGAGCAUGGCCAGAGGCACACCGCAACUAAGAGAGAACUAGCAACAGGUCGAAAGGCCAUGCAGAAGCUAGCAAGAAAAAUGUCUGGCUGGUUCCUGAGACGUACUAAAGCUUUUAUUAAUGAUCAGUUGCCAAAGAAGGAAGACAGAAUGGUAUACUGUUCCCUGACAGAGUUCCAGAAACAAGUAUAUCAGGCUGUUUUGGCAACAGAAGAUGUGACCUUAGUACUGCGAGCACGGCAGCCCUGUAGUUGCAGCAGUGGCCGUAAAAGGAAGAAUUGUUGUUACAAAACAAAUGCCCAUGGUGAAACAAUGAGGGCACUGUAUUUCAGUUACCUGACAAUCCUUCGGAAGGUUGCUAAUCAUACUGCUCUACUACAGACUGAGAACACCAGCAAACAUCAGGAAGAACAUAUCAAAAGGGUAUGCAACCAGGUAUUUUCUAAGUUUCCAGAUUUUGUCCAGCUGAGCAAAGAUGCAGCCUUUGAAACAAUUUCUGAUCCGAAGUACAGUGGGAAAAUGAAGGUCCUUCAACAGCUUUUAAAUCACUUCAGAAAAAACAAAGAUAAAGUUCUUCUCUUCUCCUUUUCUACCAAGUUGCUAGAUGUGCUGGAACAAUACUGUAUGGCAUCUGGGCUAGAUUACCGAAGACUUGAUGGAAAUACAAAGUCAGAGGACCGGGUCAGGAUAGUGAGAGAGUUCAAUAGCAUGCAAGAUGUUAACAUUUGCCUUGUUUCUACAAUGGCUGGUGGAUUGGGUCUCAAUUUUGUUGGAGCCAAUGUCGUUAUAUUGUUUGAUCCAACAUGGAAUCCAGCAAAUGAUCUUCAAGCCAUUGACAGAGCCUAUAGGAUUGGCCAGUGCAGAGAUGUGAAAGUGUUUAGAUUGAUAUCCUUGGGGACAGUGGAGGAGAUGAUGUACUUACGGCAGGUUUACAAACAGCAACUUCACUGUGCGGUAGUUGGAAGUGAAAAUGCCAAGCGGUAUUUUGAGGCAGUGCAAGGAUCAAAGGAACAUCAAGGAGAGCUUUUUGGGAUCCAUAACCUCUUCAAGCUUCGAACCCAGGGGUCCUGCCUUACAAAAGACAUCCUGGAGAGGGAGGGUCAAGUGGAAUCAGGAGUCAAAACAGCCACUACAUGGCUAAAAGAGGAGCCACCAUCAUGCAGAUUAGAAAUGCAUUCAGAGCCAGGUUGUAAAGAAGAUAAAGCUCCUCUCAAAUCUAGGGAACAACUGGAGAAAGAGGAAUUUGAUUUUUAUAGUGACUUUAGUGAUGAUGAUGAACUUGUGGGAAGCUCAAGAACAAAAAAAAGCAGAUUUUGCAAUGCAAAUGACAUGCUAAUUUCAAAGAAACAGCUUACCUUAAUGCAGUGUGGUUUUCCUAAACUGUUAGAGAGAGAAACUAAAGCUACUGAGGUCAUUGAUAGUAAUGGUGUAUCUGAUCAAGAAAGCACAGAUGCCUUGUCUGUGGGCCAGAGAUCAAAUGUAGAUGUCAAGUGCAUUGAUCUUCAGAAAAGUAGAAGCCAUAAUAGUAUUAUGAGACAUCGGAGAACCACUGAGUCACCAAAUAGAACUGAAAAACAAGAUAUGCAUUGUGUGAUUGUAGCCCCAGAUUGGCCUGUUUCAUCUGACUUUGAGAUAAAAAAGGACAUUGAAAAUAAAAAUCAAAAUCAGUGCAUUUCAAAGGAAAUUGGUGUAGUCAUGGAGACUGAAGGCAGCUCAGAAGAGAGUGAUGAUAUCAUCUUUCCUUCUCAAGUUCCAGCUCACCAAGAAACUGCUCCUGCUAAAAAUGUUAAAAGAUAUGAGGCUGUAUCAGAAAAAUUCGAAGGGUCAGAUACAGAAAAGACCACUAAAUGUACACCUAAGGGAGACGCUUUGGCCUGUAAACAAUCUCUGUUCUGUAAUACUGGGUCAGUCUUCACCAAAACAAAGUCUUGGAAAAAUGCCCAAAAAACCACAGCAUAUGUGAAAGGCACUAGUGACAUAAGUGAUGAGUCUGAUGAUCUUGAAAUACCCCUGUGGUCCAAAUCAAGAAACCAGAAAGCCUUCACUGCUUUUAGGUUGAAACAAAAAUGUGACCGAAAUAAGGAGUUCUGUAACUCUUCCAAAACUGUGCUGCAGGCGAACAAGCCAAACAAUAGAGAAAAGGAAACGGAUUCACAGAAUAUAGGUGAAUUUUCAUCGUCUGAAGAUGAUUCACCAGUCAAGAAAAUUCACUUAAGUAAGCAAAGUCAUAAGCACAAAAAACAGAGACGCAGAAUUCAGUUUGACCCCAAAUCACCCUGCCGUGUUAGAGGUGCCUCAGUUACAGUGUCGACACCCAGUCACUCUUAUGUGCACAAGACCUCUAUAAGUAAAAGAGCAUGUGUCAGUCAAGAAGAAAAUGUGGGAUCACUGGACAAUUUUUUAGGUGGUGUUCAAGAAGUGGCUUAUAUUCAUUCAAACCAGAAUGUGGUUGGAUCAAGCAAGGCUGAGAAUCAGAUGAGUAACUGGGCAGUGAGAGAUGUGUUUGAGUUGAAGCAGUUUUCCCAGCUCCCUGCUAAUAUAGCAGUCUACAGGGCCAAGAGAGAGACGAAAACCCAAGAAGCCAUAUCAGCAAAAGAUAACAUUAAGAGAGAACAGCAAAUAAGUGACAACAGUAAGCAGUCUCACCUUUGUAUUGUACAUCCUGCAAUUCAGAAGAAAAAAAAGGUACACACAAUAGGUGCAACCACCUUCUUGAUUGGAGAGACCCCCAAAAGCAUUCGCAGGAAACAGUUUGAAGAAAUGGUAUCCCACUUUAACAUGGCUUCAGUUGAAGAACUUGCAGAAUAUAUUGCAAAAGCCACUUCAGAAGCACGACAGAAAAUGUUGAGAGAUUUUUAUGCUGGAAAGUAUCCAGAAUUAGAGGACCUAUUUCCAGUCAAAGUUCCAGUACAUGUUUCAGGUGGGUGUGAGGAAGAAGGGGUGUAUACAAGUCGUUGUAGAAAGAGAAGAGUCAUGAUAAAAUGUGGUCAAUCAAGGUCUGGUCCUUCAGCUAAAGAUCCUCUCUUCAUGACUGCAGAAAUAUGUAGCCAAAAAAGACACAAAGGAGAAGCAAAACAGUUUCACAAUGAUUUCUGCAUACAAGAUGCUGUGUGCCUUAAUUCAAAAGAUAAACAAUUGUCCACUGUCAAUACCCAAAAUAGCAUCAGUGGGAGAAACAGUCAACCAUUCAAAGAUUUUAUGGCAACUGACUCAAUAAGCAGUAAAUCAGAAAUAAUUGAAGUGUGCUCUGUAAAUAUCACUAAAGGACAGCAGGACUCAGAGGGGACAGAAUCUCCAAGAAAAAGAUCCCUGUCUCGGUCAGAAAAGAGAGAGAGAGAAACUCAGACUUACAAGAAAAACUCUUUUGUAGACUUACUAGGAGACACCUCUGUUCUCAAUGACCUCUUCAAAAGUAAUGGAAACAGGCCUACAGAGCUGCCAAGAAGAUCUCUUUCAGGGCCUGCAGAAAAAGCAAAAGAACGACCAAAAGACUUCUGGGAUGUGCUGAAUGAGCAGAAUGAUGAGAGUCUCAGAAAGCUCACAGACGUGGCAGUCAUAGAGGAGCUGUGUGAAAGAGCACCGCCUGUUGCUUUGACAAAAAAGAGAGAAGUUCAUGAAAGUUCUCUUUGGAAACAAAAUGAUGAUUUUUUGUGGAAAAAAUAUAAUCUAAGUGAUUCAGAUGAGUCUUCAUCUGGCGCACACACCUUUUGAUGUCUAGAUAUGAAAGACUGAUCUUAAAGAUCAGGUAAUAAAUUUAUCAGUUGCACAAAUACAGCUUAGGAAAAUUUACUGGUGUUAGUAGUAUACAUUAUGGGACAGCAUUCCAUUAUAUCUUAUUGUGACCAUUGGCCUUGGGGCAUACUGUAAGAUAUUCUAACCUACGUUUCUGUAUAGUGGUGACGUAAAUGUAGGAUCUUAGUGUAAUUUAAACCCUGGCCUUGUUUGUAAUCAUAAGGGGGCCCAUAUUUGUUGUGACUUCAGUGGACUCAUACUAGGGAUUCUGCUGUGAUCAUAGAGGCAUAAAACCAAAUAAGAUAUGUGUUACUUCAAUAGUACAACACUGCAGGGUAUGACUUACUGUCAUAAACAGAUAAGUAAGAGUUAAUAGAACAGAAGUACUUCAUAUCUCUUUUUCCUGUAAAGGGUUAA